AUGGUGCCUCAUCCCUCGCGUGCGCGAGCUGUCCAAGUGACCCAUGAGACAGAGCAGCCCUUCCCCGGUGCCUCGGACGUCGAAGUGACCCGCGUCGCGUCCGCUCCGCCCAGCCCUACUCGCGUGCGGGGGAACUGCGCCGAGGCGGAAGGAGGCAACUGCCGAGGGGCGGCGAGGAAGCCCCGGGCUCGGCGCGGGGGGCGCAGCCGGCCCAAGAGCGAGCUGGCUCUGAGCAAGCAGCGACGGAGCCGGCGCAAAAAGGCCAACGACCGCGAGCGCAAUCGGAUGCACAACCUCAACUCGGCGCUGGACGCGCUGCGCGGCGUCCUGCCCACCUUCCCCGACGAUGCGAAGCUCACCAAGAUCGAGACGCUGCGCUUCGCCCACAACUACAUCUGGGCGCUGACGCAGACGCUCCGCAUAGCUGACCACAGCCUCUACGGGCUGGAGCCGCCCGCGCCGUCUUGCGAGGAGCUGGGCAGCCCGGACGACGGCUCCCCGGGAGACUGGAGCUCUCUCUACUCCCCGGUCUCCCAGGCGGGCAGCCUGAGCCCAGCCGCCUCCCUGGAGGAGUGCCCCGGGCUGCAGGCGCCUGCUUCCCCUGCCUGCCUGCGCCCCGGCGCCCUGGCUUUGUCAGACUUUCUAUGAAGGAGGCUGUCGGCCGUUGGGCAGUGGGUGCUGGGAGAGAGGGAAGGGGCGGAGGCCGUCGGGGUGCGGGGCGGCGGCCCUCACGCGAACUUGCUUCUGUUGCCUUUGGCUCACUGACCCUUGGCGGGCCCAGGCGCCUGCAGAGGUGGAGGCCGGGUUCCAUCCCCUGGUCUUCUGCUUCGCACCAACUGCAACCCUCUGCCGCGGCCGGCGCAAACGGGCAUUGCAGGCUGCGCGCCUUCUGGGCCCCCUCCCUGCGGCCACCCCAAUAUCUCGUGCAAAGAAGACGACAAUGAUAGCACUACACAGCCCGAGACGCCCACCGUCUCCUGCCACCCCAUCCUCACUAGAGUCUGUCUGUCGGCCUGUCGGUCUGCCUCUUACCUCUCCUCCCCCAAUGAGAUUUAAUCCAAUCUUUGGUCUCUCGGCGUUUGCUCCUCUCACCCAGCGUCUCUUCCCCAACCACGCCGCUGACCUCCUCUGGUCCCCAGCAAGUCCUGGGUUCGGCCGCUCCACUCUGCCUUAAUCCACGAAGGCGAUCCUCUGCCUUCUCCUCGUGCACUUUUCUUCGGAGCCAUUGCCCUCCCGGGGGCGGGACACCAGGCUGUGAACUGAGAAAGCGCCAACCCGGCUGGGGGAGCGCCUCCCCCGCCUCCCUGAGUCCUGGAGCGCCGUUGUCUUAAAAAAAAGAAAAUCACUUUGUAAAUUAUAUGAUAUCUUUCGAAAUGAAUUUUGGUACUGUAAAUUAUAUGGCCCCCUCCCUCGUAUUACACGUUUGUAUUUAUUGAUGAGAUUUCACAGCGGGAAAAGUCUAUAUUUUGAACAUAGAUUAUUUAGGGACUGGUGAACGAGAUUUUGAGCGAAUAAAAAAAGGACCCUCAAGAA